CUUUGAGAGAGAGCUUAGUUCAACUCUCUCUCUCUUUCCUGUCUUUCUUCCUCUCUCAUCUUCCCCUUAUCUCUCUUCCUUUGUGAGCACCCUGAAAAGUGCCUUAUCCUAUCACAUGGGUCCGAUUGGGCUUACAUGCCUGCCAGGCUAAAAUAUUCUCAGGCUUCCUCACAGGUCUUUUGAACAGUGAAAGGGGAAAUCAUUUGAACUGUAAUGCAAGAAUCACACAUCGCCAGGGAAUUUGCAUGCAGCUUGGGAUGUGGUCAGGGGAGCUAUUUAACGUGGGUCAAUGAUUUCUGUUUUGAUUGAUUGGAGAGAAGUCUAUCUCCAGGCUAAGAGAGAGGCUGAUUGCUAAUGCUAGACCCCCGGUGGGAAGAUAGAGGCGAAGGAAGGUGACUCAGUUGUAUAACAGUAAUGGUUGCUGAUCUCUGUUGAGUGGAUUCCCUACAGGAACGCCGUAGUAACAGGUGUGUUGUUGCUCUUAACACCAGGCUUUCACACAGUAGGCGCAUGGUGAAAAUCGUAGGUGGUCUGGAACUAUUGUCCCUGACUGAAAUGGAGAGCAUCUGUUGCAUGUUGCUUGUAUGUUCUGUCCUGACAGCUUUGUCCAACCAAAUGUAUUUUUCCUUGUUAACUAAUUUCAAUCCAUCUCCAGUCCUUAGUUGUACCUAUGUAGUGCACUAUAUAGGGAAUAUUGCGUCAUUUGGAACACCUCCAUGGAACCUGAGGAAGAUAAAUCAUGUCCUGGAUGCGACCCAAGACCCUCUCUGUACCUCUUGUGGAAACGCUAGGGACAAAUGUAAUCGGUGCUUGUGCCGGUUUAUCAUUUCUAAGCACAGAGGAUAUUUCUCCCGGUGAGGUCAUCCUGUCAGUCUCUAUCUGCUGUGUCUGUAGUCUAAGAAUAGCCCUGUGAUUAAGCAGAUAAUCAUCAUUAGAGGUGGUAGUUAAAGUGUAAAAUAUGAUAGGCGCAUAGGAAGGGAGAGGCUUUACAGGAAGGGAAAUCCUCAUGGAGCACAACACACACACACACACGCACGCACACACACACACACACACACACACACACACACACACACACACACACACACACACACACACACACACACACACACACACACACACACACACACACACACACACACACACACACACACACACACACACACACACACACACACACACACACACACACACACACACACACACACACACACACACACACACACACACACGGAUCAUCACAUCAUCACAUCAGCAGCAUGGGCCUUUAACCAUAUUUUAAUAUAACAGCCAGGGAAAUGCGUCAUCAUGCAUGCCUUGUUUAUGAUCAAUCAUUUAUAUGGUUGUAUCUGUCAUUUAGGAAUAGUGGUAGCAUUAUUCAGCAGGUUUCAGUUGGUUUGUUCCUAUAAAGGAUUCUAUGUUCCCAGGGAGAUAAGCUAUCACGCCCACUGGGGUAACUGAAAAUGUUAAUUACGCAGAGUCUUUGCUUCAAGCGCUUUUCUUUUAGAGAGAUGGAUAAGGGAGAUUACGUCAAACCAAUUCUACAGUAUCUUAACACAUUUAAUCCAAAUGUAUUAUUAACUUUCCUAGUUAAAGGUUAAAAAAAACAACUAAAAAAACAUCACAUUUCUGUCAUCUUGUGUAACACAAUGACCAAAAUAGCAGCACAUUAUUCAAAUAAACAGAUUUAUCUAGCCUCAACAUAGUUCCACUUCUUCUGGUGUACACUGCACAGCUUGCCUCAGUGACAGAGACCACACUCCCCGUGUCAAGGCUCAGAAGAAGACCCAGACAGUUUCAAAGUAACAAAAGUUUAUUACAAAAACAGGGGGGCAGGCAAAUGACAGGUCAAGGACAGGCAGAGGUCAGUAAUCCAGAGCAGAGUCCGAAAGGUACAGAACGGCAGGCAGGCUCAGGGUCAGGGCAGGCAGAGGUCAGUAAUCCAGAGCAGAGUCCGAAAGGUACAGAACGGCAGGCAGGCUCAGGGUCAGGGCAGGCAGAGGUCAGUAAUCCAGAGCAGAGUCCGAAAGGUACAGAACGGCAGGCAGGCUCAGGGUCAGGGCAGGCAGAGGUCAGUAAUCCAGAGCAGAGUCCGAAAGGUACAGAACGGCAGGCAGGCUCAGGGUCAGGGCAGGCAGAGGUCAGUAAUCCAGAGCAGAGUCCGAAAGGUACAGAACGGCAGGCAGGCUCAGGGUCAGGGCAGGCAGAGGUCAGUAAUCCAGAGCAGAGUCCGAAAGGUACAGAACGGCAGGCAGGCUCAGGGUCCGGGCAGGCAGAGGUCAGUAAUCCAGAGCAGAGUCCGAAAGGUACAGAACGGCAGGCAGGCUCAGGGUCAGGGCAGGCAGAGGUCAGUAAUCCAGAGCAGAGUCCGAAAGGUACAGAACGGCAGGCAGGCUCAGGGUCAGGGCAGGCAGAGGUCAGUAAUCCAGAGCAGAGUCCGAAAGGUACAGAACGGCAGGCAGGCUCAGGGUCAGGGCAGGCAGAGGUCAGUAAUCCAGAGCAGAGUCCGAAAGGUACAGAACGGCAGGCAGGCUCAGGGUCAGGGCAGGCAGAGGUCAGUAAUCCAGAGCAGAGUCCGAAAGGUACAGAACGGCAGGCAGGCUCAGGGUCAGGGCAGGCAGAGGUCAGUAAUCCAGAGCAGAGUCCGAAAGGUACAGAACGGCAGGCAGGCUCAGGGUCAGGGCAGGCAGAGGUCAGUAAUCCAGAGCAGAGUCCGAAAGGUACAGAACGGCAGGCAGGCUCAGGGUCAGGGCAGGCAGAGGUCAGUAAUCCAGAGCAGAGUCCGAAAGGUACAGAACGGCAGGCAGGCUCAGGGUCAGGGCAGGCAGAGGUCAGUAAUCCAGAGCAGAGUCCGAAAGGUACAGAACGGCAGGCAGGCUCAGGGUCAGGGCAGGCAGAGGUCAGUAAUCCAGAGCAGAGUCCGAAAGGUACAGAACGGCAGGCAGGCUCAGGGUCCGGGCAGGCAGAAUGGUCAAAAACCGGCAAAGCUGGAGACAAUGUAAAUGUAAACUUCACGGUCAAUAUGGAGUCAACAUACAAGUGGAGGUAAAAACUAAUGUAAAUUAAGUUAGAAAUUGUGCUACUAAUGCACGACGGCACAAACACGUCUUGUAAAAUAAUUAUGUUUUUGUUUGGUUAGCUUUUGGAAGUUGUAGAAAUAAAAUGUUUUCCUUCUUCAGAAGUUACAGCUAGGCAGGCUAACAUUAUUUAGCUAUUUCAUUUGCUAGCUAUCAUACAGUAGGCUUAUAUUAAGAAUUAUAUAUUUCAUUUAAGUAGACAUGCACUCAUAAUUGACUGUAGCGUAUACAAAGCACCCACAAGCUACCGGUGGCUGAAAACACAGUCAUCGCGGGAUGAACGAGUGUAACGGUUUUCUUCUGGUGAAAGAGAGGCGGACCAAAAUGCAGCGUGGUUAGUUUUGUACAUCUUUAAUAAAGAUGAAAAUACAACAAUCUACAAAACAAGAAACGUGAAAAAACCAAAACAGUCCAAUCUGGUGCCACAAACACAAAGACAGGAACAAUCACCCACAAAACCCAACACAAAGACAGGAACAAUCACCCACAAAAGACCUAAAGAAUGCUACGUAAAUAUGGUUCCCAAUCAGAGACAACGAUAAACACCUGCCUCUGAUUGAGAACCACUCUAGGCAACCAUAGACUUACCUCGAGUACUACUCUAACCACAAUCCCAGAACUACAAACAACCCCAGACAAAACAAACCACAUAAAUCCCCAUGUCACACCCUGGCCUAACCAAAACAAUAACGAAAACACAGAAUACUAAGGCCAGGGCGUGACAACAAGUGACGAAUUUCUGGGCAAGUGUGGUCCAUUUAAAAAUGAUUCCUUCCUCCCUCGCCCUGCUAGUGUAUACUCGUCAGACGCCAUGAUACGUCAUCAGGAGUGUCCGCUUACAGUUUUUUUUAUCACUUUGGCAAUAAUUUCAGAACCUUGAUGUCAUUUUUCACAACACUAGACACAAAACUCACAACCGAUGAUCAAAAUGCACAUUUUUCAGAACUCUAACACUUUUCCCAAUAGCUUGGAUACAAUACACAUAAAGCUAAGAUAAUUUGUUCAUUGAACUAAAAUCACCUGUUCAAAAUGGCACAACUUAACAUCAAAGUAUUACCAUUUCAAAAUACAAUUCACACAUGACAUCUGAGAUGUCUAUUCAUUUCAUUACAAUGAUCUAACUAUCAGUUGAUACAACUGAUCAAAAUGAUAAGUAACUGUUGCAUUACUCUUUAUGCAUAGUUUUAUGGAAACUGACUAACAAUAUUCCAUGUUUAGAUCAUGAAAGUUUUAGGAUAACGAGAUCCAUUGACACCAAUUACUGUGGAACAUGAACCAAUGAGACGACAUUAUCUAUGGAUGUAAUAUUUCAUCAUCAUUCUUUAUCAGACACAGUUUCUAUGGUCCCAUGUACCACUUUUCCAGACCAUGUUUUCAGAUUUGACAUUACGGUACACUCACAGGUUUAUUAGGUACACCUAUCUAGUACUGGAUAGGACUCCCGUUUGCCUCCACAACAGCCUUAAUUAUUCACGGUGUUGUACGUUAAGAGAUGCCCUUCUGCA